GGACCCACCAUCUUUUAACAUCACUGUAGGAAAGGGAAGCGCUUAUGGUGUUUUUAGUUGGAGCUUUGUGAAUUAUACAAUAAAUGAUGACAAAGCUCAGGUUAUUUUAGAUUGGUUAUAUGACACAUAUAGCCCUGACGAAUUCUUUUGGGCGACGCUGGCUAGCAAUAAACAUCUAAAUGUCCCCGGUGUACUAGGAUUUCCAGACAGAAAAUUAUGGAUAGCAGCAAGUGUGACUUGGCAAGGGUCAAUGGAUUGCCAUGGAAAAUAUGUUAGAGACGUCUGUGUGUUUGGAAUUGGUGAUUUAAAUAAACUAGUAUCAGAAAAAGAAUUAUUUGCCACUCCAUAUAAAAGAAAAAUAAGAGGAUUUCGUAGGAGGAAAAUCCAAUACAUUCUACAACUGUCUCAGAUAUGAUGGGUGUUAUUCUUUUGAUGGUUUGCUCGUCAGUUUUGACUGUUAUCCUGGCUAGAAGUGUCCCUUGUGUUUGUUCAGAGGCUUUAGAACCCGUAUGUGGACAGGACGGCGUCACAUACAAUAAUACAUGUAUCAUGGAAUGCGCAGGAGUGACAGCUGCUGAAAACCCAUUGUCCUGCUGCUCAUGUGAAUUGAAUUAUAAUCCAGUGUGUGGCAUAAAUGGUAGAUCAUAUGGAAACGAAUGCAUGGCAACAUGCAGAGGCAUAAGAGUUGUAAGGAAGGGCGAGUGUCCUCGUGCCUCUACACCGUCGCCAUGUUCGGACGUAUAUGAACCUGUCUGUGGAGUUGAUGGGAUGACUUAUGGCAACCUUUGUAAAGCAGGCGGUGUAAGAAUUGCUUCUGAUGGUGAGUGUCCAAGACAAUGUUUCUGUUCUCCUAAUGAAUACAGACCAGUUUGUGGAAGUGAUGGAAGGACGUAUCAGAAUCUCUGUCUAGCUGACUGCGUUAAUGAAAUUUAUGUGGUAAAAAUUGGAAAAUGCUGAUAAACAAUAGUGCGUGGAUGAUUUCGUGUUCUUAUUCUUCUUAUAUCAGAGUGCGGGGCGUUUGUUUCCAAGCCAAACUGACUAAAAAACAAACUAAUGAAUAAACCUUUGUCUGACUUUUCUACGAAGAUUUAUAAAUUCUUUGAAGUCAAACAUAUCGGAACCACCUAAUGCAUUGAAUUAGGAAGAUUUCAACCCACGAAAUACUAUUGAUUCCACCUCUUCUCCUAUAUAUGAUUCACUCAACUUUAUGGACCACUGAAGGGCUGUUUAUAAACAUUUUUUGUUGUUGUACAUCAAUAUAGAUAGAUUUGUGCUGACUUUAUUAAACUUUAUAUUGUGAUCACAUAUUAAAACAUAUAUAGUUUGUGAAUAUUAUUUUCAUUUCCUUUUAUGUAUGAAAAUUGCAUUGAAAGGAAGAAUCUGGCAAGUUGCAUGUUGUGUCAUUCAUAGGCAAUGUUCAACAAAUAAAACAUAUUAAAA